AUGUUUUCCGCUCAGAAAUGGGCCGAAAUGAGAGAGAUGCAGAGGAACUAUGCAACGGACCUUCAGGAGUCGACGGAGACGGGCGGCCGCACGCAGCGAAUUGCUGUCGGCCUCCUCGGAUUUGCCCUUUUCGUUGUCAUCGUUGCCCUGUACGGGUCGCAACCUGCCAGCCCAGCACGAGCUUCUGCUCGUCAUGUCCUCAAGUUCACGGCACUCCAUGACACUUCUGAAAAGAAAGCUUCAAGCGUGGAGGAGAGAGAAGAGGUGUCCGAGCAGGUCCUCGAGAUGCAAUCCAAGGUGACGAAGAUUCAAUCGAAACUUGAGCACUUGCAGUCCGCCUUGGAUUCCUGCGGUUCGGCAGGCUUGGAAGAGCUACAUAUGCGUGCAGCCAUUCUGCAGCUGGCAACCGCACAUGCCAUGCUUAGUGCUGAGAUCAGGGAGCACCUGUUCAAGCGUUUGUUGAGCCCGUCGAGUGCUGCCAGCAUCCCAUCUGCGUUGCCCACGCUGUCCAAGGAUGCUGUCACGGGGUUCAAUGCUGUGCAGAUGGCACACAAUGCUGUGGGAGUGGCAACUGCUGUGCUGCCAACGAUGUUUGCUGUCAUGGAGGUUGCUGCAGCCAGGGGAGUGUAUGCUGUGGUAACUAACGGUUUGUGUGGUCUGCCUGGCAGCAAAUGCGAAGAUGGCGUCGUCCUGGCUCCACCGAUUCACACCUCCCACAACGCGCAGGAGGCGAUCGACGGCGCCAAGAAGGCGCUGGAAGAGAUCGAGAGCGCGGCCUCCAAGGCAGAAGAUUGGGUGCAGGACUCAGCACAUAGCUCUGGCAACUUUGGUUGA